CGCCAUUGUCAAAGGCAGGCAAUUUGCCAGGAAACUGUGACUCCCAGGGAGAGUGUGCAAGGUUAGGGGUAAAGGAUACUAUUGCCAGAGAAACUGUAUUCCGAGUGGAUUUGUGUGGAACAACAACGAUAUCCAGUGACUAGUUAAAUUAGCCACAGAUGUGUUUUCUAUAACACCGUCCAAGAAGAUAUACAGUACUUGGUUCAGCCAUAAUGAUCUUCUGAAGUCAAAUCAGAUCCAAGCAAAAUUGCAUCUGUACUGGGAAAGCUUUUAAGGAAUUGUGUAAUAUGAUUCAGACAAGUAGAUGAAUCAGACUGCUGCAAACUAAACAAGAAGCACAUCGGUAAGAGAUGAGAGUCUUUGUAAACAGAAGUUUAGCCAUGGAAAAGAUAAAGUGCUUUGGCUUUGAUAUGGAUUAUACACUUGCUGUGUAUAAAUCCCCUGAAUACGAAUCUCUUGGAUUUGACCUGACCGUAGAAAGAUUAGUUUCCAUUGGAUACCCUCAUGAACUGCUCAAUUUUGUGUAUGAUCCUGCAUUCCCUACCAGAGGCCUGGUGUUCGAUACCCACUAUGGAAACCUGUUGAAAGUUGAUGCCUAUGGGAACCUUCUAGUGUGCGCACAUGGCUUUAAUUUCCUGAGAGGGCCAGAAACCCGGGAUCAAUAUCCAAAUAAAUUUAUCCAGAGGGAUGACACAGACAGAUUUUACAUUCUGAACACGUUGUUCAAUUUACCAGAGACCUACCUGUUGGCUUGCCUAGUAGACUUCUUUACUAACUGUGACAGGUACACUAGCUGUGAAACAGGGUUCAAAGAUGGAGACCUCUUCAUGUCCUUCAGGAGUAUGUUCCAGGACGUCAGAGAUGCUGUUGACUGGGUUCAUUACAAGGGAUCACUCAAGGAAAAGACCCUCGAGAAUCUGGAAAAGUAUGUGGUGAAAGAUGGGAAGCUGCCUCUGCUGCUCAGCCGCAUGAAUGAAGUUGGCAAGGUGUUCCUGGUCACAAACAGCGACUACAAGUACACAGACAAAAUUAUGACUUACUUGUUUGACUUUCCACAUGGACCAAAGCCUGGGAGUGCCCAUCGGCCAUGGCAGUCCUACUUCGACCUGAUCCUGGUGGAUGCCCGAAAACCCCUUUUCUUUGGGGAAGGCACCGUGUUGCGGCAGGUGGACACGGUGACCGGCAAGCUGAAGAUCGGCACCUACACCGGCCCGCUGCAGCACGGCAUCGUGUACUCGGGAGGCUCCUCGGACACAGUCUGUGACCUGCUGGGGGCCAAAGGCAAAGACAUUCUGUACAUUGGAGACCACAUCUUUGGAGAUAUCCUCAAAUCCAAGAAGCGACAGGGCUGGAGGACCUUUCUGGUGAUCCCCGAGCUGGCCCAGGAGCUGCACGUCUGGACUGACAAAAGCGCCCUUUUUGAAGAGCUGCAGAGUCUGGACAUCUUCUUGGCGGAGCUCUACAAGCAUCUGGACAGUAGCAGCAAUGAACGCCCUGACAUCAGCUCCAUCCAGAGACGCAUUAAGAAAGUGACCCACGACAUGGACAUGUGCUACGGGAUGAUGGGGAGCCUCUUCCGCAGCGGCUCGCGCCAGACCCUGUUUGCCAGCCAGGUGAUGCGCUAUGCAGACCUCUACGCAGCCUCCUUCAUCAACCUCCUCUACUACCCCUUCAGCUACCUCUUCAGAGCCGCCCACGUCCUGAUGCCACACGAGUCCACGGUAGAGCACACGCACGUUGACAUCAACGAGAAGGAGUCACCCAUGGCCACCCGCAACCGCAGCUCUGUGGAUUUUAAGGAUUCUGACUACAAACGGCACCAGCUCACCCGCUCCAUCAGCGAGAUCAAACCGCCCAAUCUCUUCCCUCAGGCACCUCAGGAAAUCACGCAUUGCCAUGAUGAAGAUGAUGAUGAGGAAGAAGAGGAAGAAGAGGAGGAGGAGGAGGAAGAGGAAGAGGAAUAAGAAGGAAAAAGCAAAGCAUCUCUGCAGACAAACCAUGACUCUAGCUGCGAUCAGGAGUGGAUUCCUUUGUUGGGGCCCUUGGGGUGAUGGGUUGGGGGGGUGUGAUUCUUGCAAAGGCACAUUUUGAAAGUGUCCAGAAACUCUUAGCAAAUUAACACUAAUCAGGAGGAGACCCUUGUUUUCAGUUUUGCAGACGGUUCAAAAAGCCAGUGGAUUCUGCCUGGGCGGUGCGUUCAGCUCCAGAUUGUGCGCCUGCGCUGUCAUGC